CACCGGUUGUGUCAUUUAUGUAACAGCAAUUAUAUACUAAUUUUAAUAUUCCUCAUUUAAUUGUAUCUAAAAUUUAACAAUGGCUAGAUACGAUUUGACUUUGAACCCCAUGGAAGAAACCAGGUUUUUGAAGAAACAUAGAGUACUGGCUAUAAGUCUGACAAAACAGGUCCAUUUUAGUUUUCAGGAGGUUGAAGCCGUCCUCAUUAUAUAUUACAAGAUACAAAAAUACGACACUUACGAUCCAAGAGGUAUUACAAGAGACGUUCUGAUGGAAGUUUUCCAUUGCUGUUUAGAUAUGACGGAUAUGGAAAAAGUUAUUAGAAUAAUAACCUGCCUAGACGAAAAAGCUCGAGAUGUCUAUAUAUCAAAAGAACUUUGGGUGCACAUGUUAUCGUUAUUUUUAAGAGGAACUAUUGAAGAAAAAAUGGCGUUUUGUUUCAAAGUUUAUGAUUAUGGUGGAAGCGGACAGCUCAUGAAGGAAAAUCUUUUUAAGCUUUUGAUGGGAUCCUUGAAGAGCAACAUAGGCGAAUCAGACGCGGAAGAAGCCGUCAAGGAUAUGGUUGAAGUAAUAAUGAAAAAAAUGGAUGCCGACCGAGACGGCAAGAUUUCAUUUAAUGAUUACAGAUAUAAUGUUCUUCGACAACCGGACCUGUUAGAAUUUUUGGGUCAGUGUCUUCCAGACAGACAUACGGUCCACAAAUUCCUUUGUACUUUUACUGAAAACACUAAAAUCCGAUUCUAUAAGUUAAAAUUAGGCACAAGUAUAAUGUAAAAUUAUGAAGUAAACGAUUAAUAAUUAUAGCCUUUCUU